AUGUCUUCGGCAGUAGCCAUCGGUGCAGGCGUCGCGGUAGCCGCCUUCCUCGGCCGAGCAGGACUUGUAGCCUGGCGGCGCUCCCGCGGAGGCGUCGGCGCGCUUGGCAAGGCCUUCUACAAGGGCGGCUUCGAGCCGCGGAUGAACCGGCGCGAGGCUGCGUUGAUCCUGUCGCUCAACGAGAGCAGCCUCAGCAAGGAGAAAGUGCGCAAGGCGCACCGCACGCUGAUGCUCCUCAACCAUCCCGAUCGCGGCGGGAGUCCGUACCUGGCGACCAAGGUGAACGAGGCGAAGGAGUUCCUGGAGAAGAAUGUGCAAUGA